CCAUUAAGCAGGCCGGCACCCCAGGCUCCCCAGGCUGCCCCCCCUCCCCGGGCUGAGGAAUCCGGCGGCGGCUUUUCCCCUUUUCCCAGCCCUUCCGCUAUUUCUAAGCAGGGUGAAGCAACGCCGCUUCAGUCCCUCUUCGCCCGGCGGGAGUGAAGGCUCGUGUCCCCGUCCCGGGCUCCUCGCCACCAUGCCCGCUCGCCUCCUGCUCCUCCUGCUCUGCGCGGCGCUGCCGGGCGAGCUCCGGGCUCAAACAGGGGUGUUCAUCAAGAAAGAAAAUGCGGACAAGUUCUUGGAAAGAUCAAAACGUGCUAACUCAUUUUUGGAGGAACUGAAGAAAGGGAAUAUUGAAAGAGAAUGCAAUGAAGAACGCUGCUCGAAAGAAGAAGCAAGAGAAGCCUUUGAAGACCGGGAGAAAACUGAGGAAUUCUGGAACAUCUAUGUAGAUGGGAACCAGUGCAGCUCAAAUCCUUGUCACUAUGGUGGACAUUGUAAAGAUGGAAUUGGUUCCUACACUUGCUCGUGUUUGGAUGGUUAUCAAGGCAAGAACUGUGAAUUUGUCAUACCAAAAUACUGCAAAAUAAACAAUGGUGACUGUGAGCAGUUCUGCAGCAUCAAAAAAAGUGCACAGAAGGGUGUUUUGUGUUCCUGUGCAAAAGGAUAUGUUUUAGCAGAGGAUGGCAAACACUGUGUUUCAUCAGUUAAGUAUCCUUGCGGAAAAGUUUUUGUGAAAAGAAAAAAAAGGUCAGUUCUUUUCCCUGCUGAUAAUAGCAAUGUAACUACUGAUCAAGAUGUCUUUCCCACAAAUGGAACAAGUUUGGAGGAGGACAUUUUUACUACCACAGAAACCCCAACCCUCCGCCCUGGCAAUGAAACAGGUAGCAAGACUCCAUAUGUCAUUACCAGAAUAGUAGGUGGUGAUGAGUGUCUUCUUGGUGAAUGUCCAUGGCAGGCUGUUCUGUUAAAUGAAGAAGGGGAAGAGUUUUGUGGCGGAACUAUUUUGAAUGAAAAUUUUAUACUUACUGCAGCUCAUUGCAUGAACCAAUCUAAAGAAAUCAAAGUUGUUGUUGGUGAAGUGGACAGAGAAAAGAAAGAACAUUCUGAAACGAUGCAUACAGUGGACAGAAUACUUGUUCACUCUAAAUACAUUGCCGAGACUUACGACAAUGACAUAGCCUUAAUAAAGCUGAAGGAGCCUAUAAAGUUUUCUGAGUACAUUAUCGCAGCAUGCCUCCCAGAAGCAGACUUUGCUAAUGAAGUUCUGAUGAACCAAAGAUCGGGGACAGUUAGUGGCUUCGGGCGUGAGUUUGAAGGUGGACGGCUAUCGAAAAAACUGAAAGUGCUGGAAGUCCCGUAUGUUGAUAGGAACACUUGCAAGCAAUCCACUAACUUUGCAAUAACAGAAAACAUGUUCUGUGCUGGUUAUGAUACAGAGCAAAAAGAUGCUUGUCAAGGAGACAGUGGAGGCCCCCAUGUAACCAGAUAUAAGGAUACUUAUUUUGUUACUGGAAUUGUUAGCUGGGGAGAAGGAUGUGCAAAGAAAGGCAAAUAUGGUGUCUAUACCAAACUGUCUAGGUUCUUACGGUGGGUAAGAUUGGCCAUGAGACAAAAUUUGUAGUGAUGUAGCACUUGAUCCUUCUGCUAGUUAACAAGGUGCAGUUUCUAUAAUGGACACUUUAUUCUUUGGGGUUUUUUUUAGCCACAUCUGCUAAACUUGUUUUGAGUGCUGAUUCCUUAAAGUUAUGGUGUUUUACUGUUGUUUGUUUUAUUUCUGGCUAUAAGAAUGUAUCCGCAAAUUGCUGGUGUUGUUUUGAAUUCAUACUAUGAGGGGCAUUCCCCAAAUAGAAUGGCUGCUUGGUGAGGUCUUCUGUUGGCUUGUUGAUGGUUUUAUAUUGUCAUUUGGUUCCUGUCUGUUUGCCCAAGCAAGGCAAACACCAGUGGCUCCUGGACAUAAUAUAUGCCUCUACUAAUCAUGAUGGAAGUGGGAAGGACAGGACUUCAGUUAAUCUUCAUGUUACAGCCACCUGGCACAGUAGCGCAUAUGUUAUUACUGGAGUUGUUUUAGUUUCUAUCUACAGAUGCAUUUAGAAGAUGAACGGAGAAGGGAAUCUUGCUUGGUAAAAGCUGAUACACCAGUAAGUAUUCAACAUGUGAUGCUAAAUAACAACACGUUUCACAAAAUUGCCUGCUUAGGUCACAGCAUCUAAUUAAAAUGAGGGUUUGCUUUGUAUGGGUUGUACUUCACUUUAGUUUAACUUGAACACUUCUGUUCUGCUGAUCAGAAAAAAAACCCAAACAAGUGCAUGUUCACUGUUUUCUAUAUCAUAUUCUGGAUUGUGUAUGGCUGAGGAUUGGAAACAAGUAUACACUUGCAUGUGUACUUGUUUUAAGUGUUUCUAUAAGGUGCAAUAUUGAUGUACAACGACAUUUGAAAUAAAACAUUCUUUCUUUUUC